GGGCCGCAGCAGAGCAGGAAGAGGCGCGCGGGGCCGGCGCCUGCUGGGGAGGUCGAGGCGCUCCCUCGGCGAGCCGGCGCCGCCGGCCGGGCCUCCUACUGCUUGCAACCGGGGGAGGGGGACCAUCCGACAACUCAGCCAGGGCUGAGAGGGAGACGACGCCAAGGCGGUCUUGCAUCGCCCCCGGCUUUCCAAAUGCAGACCCUACUGGAACCGGAGCCCUUCCCUGACAGCCGUAGGACGGGAGACGGCCGAGGGGUCGCCUGGACUGCCCCGCCCUCGCGCGGUCACCCACCGGGGACCGUGCGAGGGUCGCUUCUAACCCUUAGGAGCUAGAGAGCCGAGUCACCCUGAGGAGCGCCGUAUGGCGCUGGUUGCGCGUUGUUCUUUAAUCAGCCUCACUGAACGCGCCGAGCCCAGUUUUACCUCCCGGGCCCCACCUUUCCACGCCUCCUCCGGCUUCCCGGGGUGUUUUGUGUGUCACUCUCCCACGUACAGUCCCUCCCCGUCCCUCGUCCCUCGGCUCUCUCGCCCCGUCUCCCUAGUCGUCCAGACGCUAGCUGCCGCGGGCGUUCCUGGUUCGCGCUCCCGCCCCCUCCGCCCCGCUGACUCGCCGCUUCCUCCGGAGCCCCAGCGUCCCGAACCCGGGACUGCAUUUCCCGGCAGGCGCCGCGGCCCGCGGCCAAUGAGGGGCUGAGGAUUUGGCGGCGGCGGCGCCCCGAGAGUCGGGGUGGGGGGGCUUUGUGCGCGGCGGCGGCGGGAGAGGCGGCGGCGGCGGCCAGCACGGAGGCGGAGGCCGAGGGGGCUGUGCACAGGUCGCCGCGGAGAGGCGUGCGAAUUCCGAGCCGAGCGCCGAGGACCGUGCUACCCAGGCCGGGCUGCCAGCCGCAGGCUCCUCUCUGGCAGCAGCGGCGGCGCGGCGACCCCCGUCCCUCGGCCUCCCCUUCCCAUCCCACCUCCCGAGCCUUCCUCUUCCCGCAGCACGCCCGGCCCGGCCCGGCCGUGGCCCUCCUCAGUGCCGGCCGCCAUGGCAGAGGCGUCCGGCGCGGGGAAAAUCUAGCCCGGGGAUUUCAUGCGGCCUAGCUCGGUUCCGCCUCCUCCCCGCGCGGCCCCAGCGGCUGCCCGCACCCCAGCCCCACUCCGGGCCUCCGUGUCUCUCCUGUGAUCGCACUGACACGGCCGGGGGGUUAGAAUGGAACAAACUGAAGGCCCGAUGAGAGAAAGGGAAAGUUAAGGAUGCUGGAGCAGAACAAUGGAUUUCUCUUUCUCUUUCAUGCAAGGGAUCAUGGGAAACACAAUUCAGCAACCACCUCAACUCAUUGACUCCGCCAACAUCCGUCAGGAGGAUGCCUUUGAUAACAACAGUGACAUUGCUGAAGAUGGUGGCCAGACACCAUAUGAAGCUACUUUGCAGCAAGGCUUUCAGUACCCAGCUACAACAGAAGAUCUUCCUCAACUCACAAAUGGGUAUCCAUCAUCAAUCAGUGUGUAUGAAACUCAAACCAAAUACCAGUCAUAUAAUCAGUAUCCUAAUGGGUCAGCCAAUGGCUUUGGUGCAGUUAGAAACUUUAGCCCCACUGACUAUUAUCAUUCAGAAAUUCCAAACACAAGACCACAUGAAAUUCUGGAAAAACCUUCCCCUCCACAGCCACCACCUCCUCCUUCGGUACCACAAACUGUGAUUCCAAAGAAGACUGGCUCACCUGAAAUUAAACUAAAAAUAACCAAAACUAUCCAGAAUGGCAGGGAAUUGUUUGAGUCUUCCCUUUGUGGAGACCUUUUAAAUGAAGUACAGGCAAGUGAGCACACGAAAUCAAAGCAUGAAAGCAGAAAAGAAAAGAGGAAAAAAAGCAACAAGCAUGACUCAUCAAGAUCUGAAGAGCGCAAGUCACACAAAAUCCCCAAAUUAGAACCAGAGGAACAAAAUAGACCAAAUGAGAGGGUUGACACUGUAUCAGAAAAACCAAGGGAAGAACCAGUACUAAAAGAGGAAGCCCCAGUUCAGCCAAUACUAUCUUCUGUUCCAACAACGGAAGUGUCCACUGGUGUUAAGUUUCAGGUUGGCGAUCUUGUGUGGUCCAAGGUGGGAACCUAUCCUUGGUGGCCUUGUAUGGUUUCAAGUGAUCCCCAGCUUGAGGUUCAUACUAAAAUUAACACAAGAGGUGCCCGAGAAUAUCAUGUCCAGUUUUUUAGCAACCAGCCAGAGAGGGCGUGGGUUCAUGAAAAACGGGUACGAGAGUAUAAAGGUCAUAAACAGUAUGAAGAAUUACUGGCUGAGGCAACCAAACAAGCCAGCAAUCACUCUGAGAAACAAAAGAUUCGGAAACCCCGACCUCAGAGAGAACGUGCUCAGUGGGAUAUUGGCAUUGCCCAUGCAGAGAAAGCAUUGAAAAUGACUCGAGAAGAAAGAAUAGAACAGUAUACUUUUAUUUACAUUGAUAAACAGCCUGAAGAGGCUUUAUCCCAAGCAAAAAAGAAUGUUGCCUCCAAAACCGAAGUUAAAAAAACCCGACGACCAAGAUCUGUGCUGAAUACUCAGCCAGAACAGACCAAUGCAGGGGAGGUGGCCUCCUCACUCUCAAGUACUGAAAUUCGGAGACAUAGCCAGAGGCGGCACACAAGUGCGGAAGAGGAAGAGCCACCGCCUGUUAAAAUAGCCUGGAAAACUGCGGCAGCAAGGAAAUCCUUACCAGCUUCCAUUACGAUGCACAAAGGGAGCCUGGAUUUGCAGAAGUGUAACAUGUCUCCAGUUGUGAAAAUUGAACAAGUGUUUGCUCUUCAGAAUGCUACAGGGGAUGGGAAAUUUAUCGAUCAAUUUGUUUAUUCAACAAAGGGAAUUGGUAACAAAACAGAAAUAAGUGUCAGGGGGCAAGACAGGCUUAUAAUUUCUACACCAAACCAGAGAAAUGAAAAGCCAACGCAGAGUGUAUCAUCUCCUGAAGCAACAUCUGGUUCUACAGGCUCAGUAGAAAAGAAGCAACAGAGAAGAUCAAUUAGAACUCGUUCUGAAUCAGAGAAAUCCACUGAGGUUGUGCCAAAGAAGAAGAUCAAAAAGGAGCAGGUUGAAACAGUUCCUCAGGCUACAGUGAAGACUGGAUUACAGAAAGGUGCCAGCGAGAUUUCAGAUUCCUGUAAACCUCUAAAGAAAAGGAGUCGCGCCUCAACUGAUGUAGAAAUGACUAGUUCAGCAUACAGAGACACAUCUGACUCCGAUUCUAGAGGACUGAGUGACCUGCAGGUAGGCUUUGGAAAGCAAGUAGAUAGCCCUUCAGCUACUGCAGAUGCAGACGUUUCUGAUGUGCAGUCCAUGGAUUCAAGUUUGUCGAGAAGAGGCACUGGAAUGAGUAAGAAGGACACUGUAUGUCAGAUUUGUGAAAGCUCUGGUGACUCUCUGAUUGCUUGUGAGGGAGAGUGCUGCAAACACUUUCACCUGGAGUGCCUGGGAUUGACAUCACUUCCUGAUAGCAAGUUCAUCUGCAUGGAAUGUAAAACUGGGCAGCACCCAUGUUUUUCGUGUAAAGUGUCUGGUAAAGAUGUGAAGCGUUGUUCUGUUGGUGCUUGUGGGAAAUUUUAUCAUGAAGCCUGUGUCCGCAAAUUCCCCACUGCCAUCUUUGAAUCAAAAGGAUUCCGCUGUCCUCAGCACUGCUGCUCUGCCUGCUCUAUGGAGAAAGAUAUCCACAAAGCAAGUAAAGGCCGCAUGAUGAGAUGUUUAAGAUGUCCAGUUGCCUAUCACUCUGGAGAUGCUUGCAUUGCGGCUGGAAGCAUGUUAGUAUCCUCCUACAUUCUCAUCUGUAGUAAUCAUUCCAAACGGAGCAGUAAUUCUUCUGCUGUAAAUGUAGGCUUUUGUUUCGUUUGUGCCAGAGGGCUGAUAGUUCAGGACCAUUCAGACCCCAUGUUCAGUUCAUAUGCCUAUAAGUCCCACUACCUACUGAAUGAAUCAAAUCGUGCUGAGUUGAUGAAAUUACCUAUGAUUCCUUCUUCGUCAGCUUCCAAAAAGAAAUGUGAGAAAGUUAUUAAGACUGUUUAUUUGUUUCAAGGUGGAAGAUUGCUCUGCUGUGAAUCGUGCCCAGCUUCCUUCCACCCGGAAUGCCUAAGCAUAGAAAUGCCAGAAGGCUGCUGGAAUUGUAAUGACUGUAAAGCUGGCAAGAAACUACAUUACAAGCAGAUUGUUUGGGUCAAAUUGGGAAAUUACAGAUGGUGGCCAGCAGAGAUCUGCAACCCCAGGUCUGUGCCACUGAACAUCCAGGGCCUUAAACAUGACUUGGGGGACUUCCCUGUAUUCUUCUUUGGUUCUCAUGACUACUACUGGGUACACCAGGGCAGAGUGUUCCCUUAUGUUGAAGGAGACAAAAGCUUUGCUGAGGGGCAGACUAGUAUUAACAAGACCUUCAAAAAGGCACUGGAAGAAGCUGCAAAACGUUUCCAGGAAUUGAAAGCACAAAGAGAAAGUAAAGAAGCCCUAGAGAUUGAAAAAAACUCAAGAAAACCCCCUCCCUACAAACACAUCAAAGCUAACAAAGUAAUAGGAAAGGUGCAGAUCCAGGUUGCUGACCUGUCAGAGAUUCCCCGCUGUAACUGCAAGCCAGCUGAUGAAAACCCUUGUGGCUUGGAAUCGGAGUGCCUGAACAGAAUGUUGCAGUAUGAAUGCCACCCGCAGGUGUGCCCAGCUGGAGAUCGUUGUCAGAACCAGUGCUUUACAAAGAGACUAUACCCUGAUGCAGAGAUCAUCAAAACGGAGCGGAGAGGCUGGGGCCUCAGGACCAAAAGGAGCAUUAAGAAGGGUGAAUUUGUAAAUGAAUACGUCGGUGAAUUAAUUGAUGAAGAAGAAUGCAGAUUGCGAAUCAAGCGAGCCCACGAGAACAGUGUAACUAAUUUUUAUAUGUUAACUGUUACCAAGGACCGUAUAAUUGAUGCUGGCCCAAAAGGAAAUUAUUCUCGCUUCAUGAACCACAGUUGUAAUCCCAACUGUGAAACACAAAAGUGGACAGUGAAUGGAGAUGUUCGAGUGGGACUAUUUGCUCUCUGUGAUAUUCCUGCAGGGAUGGAGUUAACAUUUAAUUAUAACCUAGAUUGUCUGGGCAACGGCAGAACGGAGUGCCACUGUGGGGCAGAUAACUGCAGUGGUUUUCUAGGAGUGCGGCCAAAGUCGGCAUGUGCGUCAACAAAUGAAGAGAAGGCAAAAAAUGCUAAGUUAAAACAGAAGAGACGAAAGAUCAAAACAGAACCAAAGCAGAUGCAUGAAGAUUACUGUUUUCAAUGUGGAGAUGGUGGAGAGCUGGUCAUGUGUGACAAAAAAGACUGUCCCAAAGCAUACCACCUCCUAUGCCUUAACCUGACUCAGCCACCAUAUGGAAAGUGGGAGUGUCCGUGGCAUCAGUGCGAUGAGUGCAGCAGUGCAGCUGUUUCCUUCUGUGAAUUCUGUCCACAUUCAUUUUGUAAAGAUCAUGAAAAGGGGGCCCUGGUUCCCUCUGCACUGGAAGGCCGCCUCUGCUGCUCGGAACAUGACCCCAUGGCUCCUGUGUCACCAGAAUACUGGAGCAAGAUAAAAUGUAAAUGGGAAUCACAAGAUCAUGGAGAAGAAGUAAAAGAAUAAAUGUGUGGUGUCCCCUCCUUUCUAUUUAAGUGAAAAAAGCAAAUAGAUCAUGCAUUUAAAAAGAAGAGACUGCUACAGUGCAUACAGCCUUUGCCAUCGGAACUGCCUUAUUAAAGCAAAAAUGGGAAACCAGUUCAUGCAGGCAGAAGCAGUUGGUGGUGUCUGGUUUUUGUUUUGUUUGGUUGGUUUGGGAUUCUUUUGUGGAGGGUUAAAUUCCCUUGGUCUUUUCUUGCCUUUUAUUGUGCUUCAGUGCCAUUGCAGCUUGAAAAAGAAAUGUUUUUGCUGUUAAAAUAAGAACAAAGAGAAAAGUAAGUUUUGUUAAUGAGAUAAAUUUAAAGUCUAAGAUGUGUUCCUUGGUUGUAUAAAGCAAAAGUAGCCAUCAUUCCUUUAUUUAUUUUCAUUUUUAGGAAUUUCAAGAAGUGUAGUUCAAUAGUCUAAUCAAGUGUGUGUGUGUUUUAAGUAGGAAUCUGAGAAAGCCCUCUAGGAAAGGGUAUGAUAAGCUUUAUAUACCUCUUUACUGAGCAGUAGGUAGGCUCACUUCUCUUUCCCUUCAAAAUGCUUUUCAUAGGCUUAGAGAAGGGCUCUAUGGAAGUAUUAAAUCUGGCCUCUUGAAAACAAUGCCUCGGUGGAUUUUACCUCUGUGGUCUUAAACAAGGUGGGCUUUGUACUAUGGUAACUUUACCUAGAAGGGUAUAUGGUGUGUUUCCUUGGUGGAAGGAAAAAAAGGAAUGGAUGUGCUCACUGAUUUUUAAAACGUUUUCCAUUGACACGGAUGGUUUGGGUUUUGGAUGAAGUGCGUUUCUGUGGAUAUGAAGCAUAGUUGGAAUGGUCACUCCUAUUUUCCUGACACUGAUUAAGGCAGCUAAAGGGGGAUGAAGGCAUAAACCAAAAUUUGGAUCAUAUAAGCACCAUUUUCUGUCCAAUUUUAUUGUAGACCCUGGUCUUAAUUGGAGAGAAUUACAGGCAUUUUAUUUUUUGUCUCUGUUUUCCUCUCCUACUCAAACAUUUCUUUUGUCAUCUGACCAUUCAGUCAUGUUUCCUGGUAAAACCACACAAGUGAGUUUGAAUUGUAUUUGAAUAGAUCUUUUUGGUUGAGUUCCUAAUUUGGGGGGUGAAAGUAGUAGGGGCAUCCUCAGGUUACAUGUAAAGAAUUUCUAUUAUUAUCCAGUACUUCAGAUUGUUCCCAUUGAGUAAGGGGAAGAACUUCUACUUUUACAGGGUGCAUAAGAGCCACACAAACACACUUCAUCUUAGGAAGCACUUGGAGAAAACUCCCAAGAAAGUCAGUGUUAGCAAAAAUGGUUGACGGUGAUGCUUGACUCUUAUAGAUGCGAGUAUACCAAGAUGUCUGCUCACCAAACUCACUUGCUUUUAAUGCUUAGGAAUAUGUAUAUUCCAGUAUUCCUUGUAUGAAAAUAAUUAGUAAUGUCAGACAUUGUUGUAACACUGUACUAAGUAGAAGUCUAGGGUUAGCUUGAAUGAAUGUUAACUUUCUCUGUGAAUUUUGACUGCUUACAAUUGCUGGUACCUGGUAGCAUUUAUUUUCCCUCAAGUACCUAGUAACCUUAUGAAGGUAGGGAGGGUAGAUGCUCUACCACAUUCCUUCAGCUGUAUUGAGUGUUCCAUUUGCUUAUCAAUUUAGAGCUCUUCUAUGGAAAGAGGGUGAAAAUCUGUUUUGUGCCUCUUUUUUUUGUAUGUAAAUGUGCAAUUAUACUGGAUUUUCUCUUGUAAAAAACACUACAAUUCUUUUACUGAAGCUCCUAAACUGCCAUUUGCCUGACUCCAGCAAUUAAUUCUGCGGUGACUCAUUGGGCUUCCAGUACUUCUGUUGAUUAGAUAUGGUCCCAAAAGAAAGAGCAAAAUGGAAAAUGCGAUCCAUGUCACCAAAUAUAAUUGCUACAAGUAACAUGAAAUACAGCUCACCAAAACACUAAACUUUGCUCUUGAGCAAUUAUAUAGUUUGAUGUCCUUUUAAAAAAUAAGAAAAGCUAGGUUUUAUCAUACUAAAAUUUUAUUUUGUAUAUGAUGUUUGGUUUUUUAAACUUACUAACAUAAGGAUUUCCUUUAAUAUUCCAAAUACAGUUCUUGUUGAAACAGUAUCCAACAUGAAAUCUUAUCUCCUUGCUUUUAGACUUAGUGCUAUUUACUAUCUAAAGACUUUUCUAUGGUAAGCCAGGGUACAUCCUAUAUACUACAGAUACCUUAGGUUUCAGUAUUUUUAUGCAGCUUCUUCAUUGUGUCACAUUUUGUUUUCAUAUCUGUAACAGAGCUCUGCUGAAAUUUAAAAAAAAUUAUGAUUAAUAGGAUUGUUUCACCAUUUCAGAAAUCAGAGUAGAAAACAAAAUAGCUGCCAGGUGCAGUGGCUCACACCUGUAAUCCCAGCACUUUGGGAGGCCGAGGUGGGCAGAUCAUGAGGUCAGGAGUUUGAGACCAGCCUGACCAACAUGGUGAAACCCUGUCUCUGCUAAAAAUACAAAAAGGAGCCGGGCAUGGUGGCACAUGCCUGUAGUCCCAGUUUCUCAGGAGGCAGCGGUUGCAGUGAGCCAAGAUCACACCACUGCACUCCAGCCUGGGUGACAGAGCGAGACUCCAUCUCAAAAAAAAAAAGGUAACCAUAGUUCUGAAGUCUUUGGCCAUGAAUGUUCUUUAAUGGUCUAAAAAGCGGUUUUAGUCAUGCUGGUGCCAAGGAGUUCUCCUCACACCUCCAUAGCGUCAAUGUUGACCUAUUUUAUUUAUUUUUAAGUUGCAGAUUAUAGAUGCAGAAAGAGAAAAUUGUCCUUUAUGUGUGCAUGAGUAUACAUGCACUGUGCCUGUGAUACACCAAUGAAAUAUUCCAAAAGACAUUGCUCACUCAUAGUCUGAAGUUGGUAUUUGUUAACUUUUAAAUCUAUAUGUGGUCAGAGUGUAAGUGGCUGGUUUUUACUCUUGUCUAACAAUGAAAUAACUUAAAGCAGCAUGGGCUAAUGGUGGUAUUUUUUUUAACCACAUGUUAAUUUGUUGAAGGAAGAAGUGAACAUAAGAUUUUUGAUAAUCAGCCUAAAGCUUCAGAAACUGGAUCAGUAAGAGCUAAAGAUGAAAUCCUGGGAAACUUUCCCAGGCACUGUGCAGGGGAGGGAGGGGCUGGACCGCCACUGCUGCGAGGGAAGAAUCAGAAGAGCUGCCUGUGGCUGGCUGAGAAGGGCAAGGUGGAUGGCUCUUCAUUCCUGGAAGGCUGAAGCAGCCAGAGGCAGUGAUUCACCUCUUUAAUGUCUAAUCAGGGAGAGAUACAGGAGUGAGGUGGGUUUUAUUUUCAUUUUUGUUUUAACAAGUUCCCACUCUAUCUUAAUUCUCAAAAAUGAUCUGGCCUCAUCUAUAGAACUGGCUGAGUUGGGGAAUCAUUUAAAAUUUGGAAUUUUCUGUACAAGUCAAGAACAUAUGUGAAAGCUAAAAAAGUAAUGGAGGCAGGGGGACUGCUCCCAGCUCCCUUCUGCCAUUUACACAAAAUAUUUGAAAACAUGUCUGUAAAUAACGUUGUAGAACUGAGAUAUUGAGUAUCUAAUCAUGUAAAGGACCCUCAGAUGGGACAGGCUGUUGGACAACUUUCCUGGUUCAUGAAGUGGAAUUUCCUUUUCGAGUAGUUUCUUGCAUGGUGUAUUCCAAUAGGUCAAACCCAGACCUACAGUUUGCAAACAGGCCAUCUGUAGAGAAUACAAUCUCUGGACUGCCCAGGACUUGUUGCUUGUCUUUCAUUUCAUUUUAAAUACAAAGCUCUUCCUUUAGCAUUCACCUUGAAGUCAAGGUGUUGGCUGCCACAUGCCGUGUCCUCUUAACAAGUUAAGAAAACAGUGGCUAUGGAGCCCUCACGGCUGGGAAGCUGACAUUCUAUACUUCCACAUGAGAAAAAGGACAUUGGAAAUUGCUUUAUUUCUGGGCAGCGUAGACUAAAGUUACUUUUCACAAGGCUGAUGCAUCCAGCCACCCCCAGUUGUCCAAGUUGGUGCAGACAUGAAUUGAUGAAUGGAAACACUUUCCUUUGGCCUAGGGCCACCUAGAAUUGGUCUCUGGUUAUUUGUAAAACAAAAAGUAGAACUUGCUUCCAUUUUCAGAUGGACUAGGGAAUACUAUAAUUAGACAGCUUUGCAAUGAAUUAACAAAUACUGAAAAGUUGGAAAUGUGUAUAUACUGAAAUCUCACCAACUUUUACCUGGGGUGGGGUACCAGGAGAAAGGGAACCCCCUUUCUCCUGGUAAAGGGUAAGGGGGGGGAUAAUGUUUACCACAGGUACGAAAUAGUCACUUUAACAUUGAGACCUCUGCCUCAUUGAAUUCAGGUUUUUUAAGUACUUGAAACUCUUCAGAUUCUCCUUAUUUUAGUUUCUUUUUACAUUUAUGAAGUAGAAAGCAUUGUUUUGUAAACUGUUUUGAAAAUAAAUAGCCUAGUCUCUUAUCCUCUUUAGCGUGGAUUAAAGGUGAAGUUCUGCAAAUGGGAGAGUGUUCACAGUAGAUAGCUCAGAUUGAUUGAACACAUUUGAGGAAGAGACUCCUGCAUGAGAUACCAGCAUUUUUACAAAUACUUUUUAUGUACGUUCUUUAUUUUGUCAUUUUGUCAACCCUCUCCCCAAGCACAUCUUCUUUCCUUUUACUAUGUCUAUGUAGGGAAAAAACAAAACAAAAAAUUGCACUUACGUUACACUCCCAAAAUGUGGGUAAUCCGUGUCUUUCAAAAAACAUUUCUGUUUUUUGUUUUGGUCAGUCCAUUGCAUAAGUGACAAGUUUGGGUGCUUGUGGCACGUAUGUAUGAAGCGGGAGGGGGAUGAGAAUUGCCUGUCCUUCAGUAGGCUGUAAAAGUAAUUUACAUGUAAGUAAAAAGGGAAAAUAGAAUAGAUGCCAAAGUCAUUUAUUCAGUCCUUAGUUUUCUUAUGUGGCAUUACUGCAUCUGCUAGUUAGUGAGAAAGCACCCUCAGCUUUUACUGCUCCCCUCCCUGCCUGCCAACACACUUGAUGUGUGCAAACAGCCCUCAAGUAUCUGUCAGAUGACCUAUAUAAGGUAUUGAAUAAGGUAUUCUUGUCAGUUUAGAAAUGGACUGGAUAAAACUUACUUGGUUGUCAUUAUUUUAUCUCAUUUGUCCUGUUACAUGCCCUAUGUUAAGAAAAUUAUAUUGCCACUAAUAACCAAGAUGCUAAAUGAGUAUUACAACUGGCUAAUAUCAUUUUUUAUAUACAAGGGUAUGUGUAUAUUUGGAAUUGAUAUGAGAAACUCAUUUGUACCCAUUUGAGUGAUAUUGCACAACAAACACAGAUACCUACAGACUCCGUUUUCAUUUUCUCGUGUUCUUUAUGAUAAUGAUCUUUGUAGAUUGGUUAUUUCUGUACUUUAUCUGUAAUAAACUUUGUAGAUCCUGUGAACCGUUACUUUGCCUAAAUCACUUGAGACUUGAGUCUUUAAUAACAAAGCAUCAAUAUUCACUAAAGUCAAUCUCUUUUGAGUUUCUGUGACUUGGCUAGAAGCUCUUGACACUAAGGGAUUAGUGUUAAUUUUCCCUGGGGGUGUUCCACUAGGGCAUUACUGUAUAAUGACUUGAUGUUGCCACAUAGACUUCAAGAUAUAUAAUAUUUUGAGGAUUUUGUUGAUUGGCCUAUGUUUUAUUGCAUAGUGUGAAACGUGUAAAGCUUGGUUAACCUGUAUAUAGAUAGCUUAUUGUUGACUAGUUAUAGUGUAUUUAGGGUUGCCUGUAAUAUUUAAGCUUCUUUACUGAUGUGUGUGCUGGUAGGAACAUAUAAUUUUUGUACAUUAUAUUUACUGAGAUGUUGCCUUUUUUAUUUUACAAAUACUUUGGAAUUCCAAUGUGUUUUUUGCUUCCGUGAGGAUUAAUUUGGAAAGGUUUUUAAUGACAUUCCACUGAUUUCAGAUUUUGCUUGAGAUUGACUUCAAUAAAUUGUCCUGUAUGUUCCAAAUUAAA